AUGAGUUUCAUUUCCCGGCAAAAGCCACCUGUCUUGUUUGCGCUUCGCUCCUCGAAUGCGUUCACACUAACUGCGAUUUGUCUAGCUGCUUUUACGGAUGGAUUCUUGUAUGCAGUCGUGGUUCCAGUGCUGCCCUUCUCGUUGGAAAAUCAAUCAGGGAUUCCAGAGAGAGACAUCCAGAAGUGGUCGUCAUACCUAUUAACGGCAUUCGGCGGUGCUUUGUCAGCUUUAGCGGGAUGGAUUGCCAAUCGGGGAUCGUCACGUCGCAUGCCGUUCUUACUUGGACUUCUCCUUCAAGCAUUUUCAACGUCCCUUUUCCUGGUCAGCCCGAGGGUAGAGAUACUUUUAGUCGCAAGGGCGUUACAAGGGCUUUCCUCUGCAGUGGUGUAUUCCGUUGGAUUGGCAUUACUGGUUGAUAUUGUGGGAAUGGAUGAGAUUGGACGGAACGCAGGCUACUUCCUCUCUAGUGCAAACAUGGGUGUUAUGGUUUCACCUUUGGCCGGAGGCAUUUUAUAUGCAAGAGCAGGGUAUUGUGCAGUGGCUAUCAUGAUGGUGUCGCUAGUGGUGGUCGACAUUCUGCUGCGGCUCGUCAUGAUAGAGAAAUCAGUGGCAGCGAAAUGGGAGCAAGACGAGGACGAAGAAUCGGAUUUACACCGUGCGAUAUUAGCCGGUUCCCAGAUUUAUGGGCUGAUUGACGAUCAACGGCAUCAGGUGAAGACUAAUACUCCUACGAUGCUUCGAAUCUUGAUGUCGCUGAGAGCCCUGGCGGACCUUUAUGCGGUCUUCGUGUCCUACACACUUCUUGCAGCUUUCGAUGCAGGCCUUGGAGUCUUUGUGAAAGAACGGUUUCAUUGGGGAUCGUCUGCGGCAGGGGCGAUUUUCCUUGCAAUUGCUCUCCCAUCGCUCCUCUCUCCAGUUGGGGGUUCACUAUCAGACAAGUACGGGCCCAAAUGGAUUGCAGUCAUGGGUUUCGGUGUUGCUGCAACGGCGCUGUUCACUAUCGGGUUCAUCGAGAAGCCCAGCUUUUGGGGGCUCUCAAGUCUAUAUGCUCUCCUUAUGUUGAUCGGGUCUAGCAUUGCAUUCAUCUUGCCAUGCGUCGCCGAUGACCUAACACAAAUUGCACAGACGCUGAGCAGCCCGUUUUCUGGCUACCCGAGUGGAAGAGGCAUGUAUGCUCAGUCAUUCGCGCUUUUUAACUGUGGAAUAGCUGGGGGGAGAGUUAUAGGACCGCUGUGGGUGAGUGCCGCUUCACGAUUCGGCUGGCAGGUAGUCACGGCUCUGAUGGGUGGAUUGGCUUUGUCGGCAUGCGUCUCAAUCGCCAUGUUUCACAAAGACGCAAGUGAGGCCGAGCAGGAGACGGACACGAUCGCAGAAUAG